UGCGGAUAUAACGAGCAUCAAGAAAUUCAAUCCAGUCCCCCAACGCGUUGCGAAUUUAUUUCAUCCGUAUUACACGCAUCCGACUUUCAAAAUAUAAAACAACUCGAGAGUUCCUUCUACAUGAACAAGAAGAAGCGAACUGCGGACGAAGCAUUUAAGGCUGAGGAUUACGACUAUCUAUAUGGGAUUGUGUCGAAUGGUAUAAGAAAAUUUUUCUAUUAUGGAACGGGCGGGAAAUCAGGAACUGAAUCAGAGUCUGAGGGAAGAUAUAAAACAG